GACAGAAGGCGGAGAGGCCAGUCUGUGGUGCAGAGCCCCAAUGGAGCUGCUAACCGUGGCAGUGUUUGUUGUGGGUCUCAUCUGCUGUCACACUGAGAGCCCACCUGCCUUAGCACCUGCAGAUUGCAAUGACGCUCAGAUAGAAAAAGAUGCAGGAGUGGCUCUUGACUUGAUCAACAAGCAUCGCAGGCAUGGCUACAUCUUCACUCUCUUGCGGGUUGCGGAUGCUCAUGUGCAACAUUUGGAAAAUGCAUCCAUGGUCUACUUGACUCUUGAUGUGCUGGAUACCGAAUGCCCUGUAGUGUCUGGGAAACACUGGUCGUCUUGUGGAGAGCGGCGUUUCUACCGCAGCACGGAGUUCGGACAAUGUAAAGCUGUUGUGCAUAUAAACGAAUUAUACAAGAGAGACAAACUGUAUGGAUACAACUGCACCAUGAGCCCAGUUCCGUCACAACUAUACGAAUGCAAGGACUGCCCAGUGAGAAUAACAGUCCUAGAAGAUGCAGAAAAUUACAGAGAAGAAGCACAAAAGUUAUUGGAGAAAUACAAUCAGGAGAGCAAUCAAACACAUUAUUUCAAGCUGGAGAAAGUCCAAAAGAUUUUUAUGGCAAUCGGCAGUCGUACAGCAUAUACCAUUGAAUUUACCAUAAGAGAAACCAGCUGCCUUCGAACCACAGCUGCAAAACAGGUGUCAGAAUGCGAAUUUCUACAUGGCCGAGCCGCACAUGUUGGGUUCUGCAAAGGAAGAUUAAUUAAAGACACGAUUGACCCAAAGGAAGUUGAACUAGACUCCUGUGAAAUCUACGCUAUUCCCUAUGGCAGGCAUCCCUUCCAUCGCCACAGCCACAAUGAUUCAGGAGAAUAUCAUCAUUGCAAUGCCUCUGAGCAUGAAUGCAGACCUCCUCACCAUCACCACCAUCCUCCUCCUCACCACCGCCACCAUCACCACCAUCACCACCGUCCUCACCACCACCACCGCCACGGCUUUGGCCAUCGGCAUAGAUGUCCACCACCUUCUUACCAUGACCACCAUGACCCUAGAGGGCCCAAAGACCACCACAAUUCUUCUGAACUGAGCGAAGGACAACUCCAGCCACCUCCUGGACCUCAUCACCCUCCUCCACCUGUUGGUGGCCCACAUCAUUUUCCUCCUCUUGGGCCUCCUCCUCCUCACAGACUUCCUUGCCUUCCUGGUAGAUCUUGUGAACAUCGACCACCACCACCACCACCACCUAUUGGUGGCCCACAUCAUUUUCCUCCUAGUAAACAUCCCUCACCUCCUCUUGGGCCUCCUCCUCCUCCUCCUCCUCCUCAUGGACCUCCUUGCCCUCCUGGCAGAUGUUCACAUCGACCACCACCACCACCACCACACUGGUUUCAUAGACAUGGGCAUCGGCAUGAUCACAAGUGUAAUGACAGCUCAGGUGAACAAGGAAGAGAAUCUGGAGAAGAGCAUGAUUCAUUCAGUCACCACCAUCCUUUCCAUCACCAUACCAGUGAUCCCAUCUAUUACAUUCCGGUUUUGAGUCAACACGAUGUUCUCCAAGCUCCUGGUGCAGAUUUCCUUAGCCAUCCACAGCAUCCACAUGGAAGGCCCAAAAGGCCUCAUUUCCCUGGAAAACACAAACAUGACAUGCCAGUUAUUCAUCCUUUUCCAGAAAUUCUUUCAGAAUCAAAAUCCUGCCCAGGGAAGACCAAACUUGAUCCACCUGCAGGGUUGUUGUCAUUAUAUCCACCACAUUCUACCCAAUGAAAUGCAUUUCCUUCAAAUGAAAAUGCCCGUAAUUCCAUAAAGACAUGGUUCCAUUGACAUUAGACACAUGGUACAGUUCCCACGCACUGUAAAAUAGAAAAUAAAGUCUUUAUGUCAACAAAA